GGUCUUCUUUCCCCGGAUGUUCUUCCGCUCUUCCGCAGCGGAUGAGCGCUCCGGCGGGGCUAAGUGGGAGUCAUGGCUCGGCGGGCUUUUUAUCCGCUUUAUCAGUUAGGAAAUCCUCCAACAAGAAUUUUCCGGACAGAUUACUUCUUGACCCUGGUGAGGCCUGGGCGCCCACUUCCAGAAGAUACAGUACAGUUCCGCAUCCCCAUGGACAUGACAAGAGUAGAAUUGAAAGAGUACCUUGAAAAAAUAUAUAAUGUGCCAGUAGCUGCUGUACGAACCAGAAUACAGUUUGGCUCAAACAAACAGAGGGAUGACAAAAAUAGACGCAUCAAAAAGCCAGACUACAAGGUCGCCUAUGUACAGCUGGCUGAAGGACAGACUUUCCAGUUUCCAAACUUGUUUCCAGAGAAGGACAAAGCUCCUGAGCCUGAGUCUCCUGAAGAAAUUGCGAACAGAGUUGAAACAGAGAAACAGAAGAAAAUUAAUGAUCUUAAACGUGGAGAUGUUCCUAACUGGUUCUGGCAUUGAUAGAAGAUCUGCUGUUUUAGGUUGGGGACUUUGGAGGGAUAGGAACACUUUUCAUUCACUCUUAGACUUGCUUUUUUAAAGCCAUUGUGUUUGUAAGACCUUUACAAAUAUAUUUAAUCCCUAUUUUGUGCAGCAGUUAUUUUGGUAAAAAAUGAAGAGAUCUAGACAAAGAAGGUGGCAAGUGUGGGACAAGUUCAUCAGCUUCAACUGUGGUUCAUAUUCAUGCUUGGAGGCAAGGAAGACUUACUUGUAUCUGUUCUUCAUUAAACCAUUGGACAAUAUCUACAUGGGUAUUGUAGUGAUCAAGGCAUUAAGAGUUGGAAUUAUCUGGUUACGACUAAAAUGAGACACGCUAAAUCUUUGAACUGCUCCCUUGGAGUGUGAGAUGGAAUAUGAUUCUUCUCAUAUUAACAGAGUAUUGGUUUGGAGGUAGAAAUGGUAUAAUGUGUUCUUGGAGCCUAAAGUUCUCAAAACAUACAUAUUCCAACUGAAUCUCAUCCAGUAAAAGCCAUUGUCGGCCUAUGUUCUUUAUUUGUUGGCUCCAUCUCUAGAGAAUAUGGGUGUAUAGAAGUGGAAAAUGGUCAUUUCUAAAAGUCAGGGGAAAGUAGCCCACUCAAAAUGUUCUGAGUUGGCUGUAGCUAGACAGAACAAAACUUAAAAUGUUUUGAGCAUUCUGGCAAUGGGAAACAAUAGAAGCUUGGAACCAAUCUCAUUGUUCCCUGAUUUUCACUUCAGGGAUCACACGAGGUAGAUAAGUGCUAUGCUGAAUUUAGAUGUGGGCUGCAAGAAAACUUUGAAUCAAUUUAUUUUCUGAAAACAUUUCCAAGGAAUUUUUCUAUGCAAAUGAACAUAACUCUAUUGAUCUUACUUAGCUCAGUGUCCACAGUCUGUACAAAUAUUUGAGUUACGUGUUUUUGAUGUAAGGGAGGGAGAUCUAUGAAAUUCCCUCUUUUCAACUUUUUUAGAACAAUAACUCCAAAAACAAACCUACAACUUUGAAACUUCAAACCUGCCUAAAUUUUGUUGCCAACAUCCCUUUUUAACUAUUGACUACUAUAUGCCAUCCAAUGUACCGAAAUGUAGAUCAAGGGCAUGAGUUUUAAAAUACAUAUAUAUUGAAAAUAUUUUUUUUUAAUCCUGUAAAAGAAACAACAAUUUUUACCCAGUUCUAGUACACUCUGGCUAAUAAGCAUGAGUAUAUUUUAGCCCAUAAAAUCUUGCUUUUGGGUGGAUUUCUGUUCUUGUUUGUACUAGUUUGUUUUACCUGUUAAGCAAAACAAAAUGCUUAAAUUGUGGCAUGUUAACAGUAAUGACCGCUGCCCCAAUACUGUGUUUGUCAAUGAUCAAUAAACCAAUAAAAUAUUCUACGUUCACUCUA